AUGGCUGAUGUUUCCAGCGAAGCCGCGUCAGCGCCGGCGCCGACAGCGACGGGGUCUCGGUCUCCAGAGACAGACUUCCCAACCGACACAGCGACAGCACUUGCGAAGACAACAUCAGCAGAAGGGCCAGAACCGACAACAGCAGUAGAACCAACAAAAGGACGCAAAAUAAUCCGGAGGAAACGGAGGCCUGCUCGUCCACAGGUCGACCCAGCGACGUUCCGUACCGAGCCACCACCACAGACUGGCGUGACCUUCAACAUCUGGUACAACAAGUGGAGUGGCGGCGACCGGGAAAGCGGUGCAGCCAGCUCGACGGCCGCCAAGGGCCGGUGCAACGUGGCCAAGGACUCGGGCUACACCCUCGCCGACAACAUUUCGGGUUCCUACUUUUGCCUCUUUUUUGCGCGCGGCCUCUGCCCCAAGGGAAGCGACUGCCCCUACCUUCACCGCCUCCCCACCGUCACCGACAUCUUCAACCCCAACGUCGACUGUUUUGGCCGCGACAAGUUUUCCGACUACCGCGACGACAUGGGCGGCGUCGGCUCCUUUUUGCGGCCUAACCGCACGAUCUACAUUGGCCGCAUCCAUGUGUCCGACGACAUUGAAGAGGUCGUCGCCCGCCAUUUUGCUGAGUGGGGGCAGAUUGAGCGCACGCGCGUCCUCAACACACGCGGUGUUGCGUUCGUCACCUACACCAACGAGGCCAACGCCCAGUUCGCCAAGGAGGCCAUGGCCCACCAGUCGCUCGACCACGAAGAGAUUCUCAAUGUGCGCUGGGCCACGGUCGACCCCAACCCCAUGGCGCAGGCGCGCGAGGCCCGGCGCGUCGAGGAGCAGGCGGCCGCGGCCAUUCGCGCGAUCCUGCCAGCAGACUACAUUGCCGAGCUCGAGGGCCGGGACCCGAAUGCGUCCAAGCGGCGUCGUAUCGAGGGCGGAUUCGGGUUGCAAGGGUACGAGGCGCCGGACGCGGUGUGGUUCGCACGGGAGCGGGCGGACAGGGAAGGCAGGGACGGUGGGGAGGCCCAUACGCGUAAUGGCCAAGCGCAAGGAGAGCAGCCACAAGGACAGCAGCUGGAGGCAGCACCAGAAGAGCCGCCAGCAGCGCGCGGUGUCCUCUCCAGUGCCACAUUAGCGGCUCUGGCACGACAGCGGGAACGCUCGAGCGGGCUGGUAAUCAAGACUGCCAAGGAGGCGAAGCCGGCGGCCGCAUUAGUCGACUAUGGCAGUGACAGCGACGAUGACGAGUGA